CGCGACUCCGUACCUCGACGACUACGCGACCGCAGGCCUCGCCAUCAUGUCUGCCGGCGAGCACAGCUUCAUGGCCAACGCGGCGCCUGCUGCACCGCCAGCUCUGGCCGCGCAGCCGGGCAACGAAUCUCCGCCAGCCGGCGCGCAAUCGGUGCCGCCGGGCCAUCCCUCGUUCAGACGGCAGCGCGCGAGCAGAGCCUGCGAAACCUGCCACGCCCGAAAAGUGCGCUGCGACGCGGCAUCGCUGGGAGUGCCCUGCACAAACUGCACCGCCUUCUCCAUCGAGUGCCGCAUCCCCGCGCCCAAGCGGAAGAAGACGCAGACGGCCCGGACAAAGGAUGUCGACAGCGACCGGGGCGAGAGCGACGACCGCUCCCCGGCGAGCGCCUCGAUUGAGCCGCGCGAGCAGUCGGCCUUCUUCCAGAGCUCCGAGGACGGCACGCCCUCGACGCAGGUCUCCAGCGCCUACCUGGCCCAGCAGACGGCCCACAACGGCACCUAUGUGCACUUCAUGAAGCCCAAGUUUGCCCGCGCCCCGAUCAAGGAAGCCGGCCGCGUCGCCUACCUCGGCGAGUCGUCCAACCUGUCGCUGCUCGUCCACGACCGCUACGGAACCACCGACGUCGUCCACUACCCGCUGCCCGAGAACGUGCGCGGCGCCAAAGCCCGCGUCAACGAGAUGGACAACAUGGAGGUCGAGAUCCUGCACCAGCGGGGCGCGUUCCUGCUCCCACCCAGGGCCCUGUGCGACGAGUUGGUCGAGGCCUUUUUCAAGUGGGUGGCUCCCGUCGUGCCCGUCAUCAACCGCACCCGCUUCAUGCGCCACUACCGGGACCCAAAGAGCCCCCCGUCGCUGCUCCUUCUCCAGGCGGUGCUCCUCGCAGGCUCGCGCGUUUGCAACAAUGCCCAACUCAUGGACGCCAACGGAUCGACCACGCCCGCCGCCAUGACGUUCUACAAGCGCGCCAAAGCACUGUAUGAUGCAAACUUCGAAGACGAUCGGGUGACGAUUGUCCAAGCGCUCAUCCUGAUGGGGUGGUACUGGGAGGGACCAGAAGACGUCACCAAGAAUGUCUUCUACUGGACAAGAGUGGCCAUUGUGGUGGCCCAGGGCUCAGGCAUGCAUAGGAGCGUCGAGGGUUCACAGUUAAGUCGCUCAGACAAGCGCUUGUGGAAAAGAAUCUGGUGGACACUAUACAGCCGAGACCGUUCAGUAGCCGUCGCGCUCGGCAGACCGGUUGCCAUUGACCCAGAAGACUCCGACGUUGAGAUGGUUUGCGAGGACGACUUCAUCGACGACGAGUCCGACCGCCCUCUAGAGCACCCGCCCGACCCAGUGCAUGUCCAGUUCUUCAUCAACUACGUCAAGUUGAGCGAGAUCAUGGGGCUAGUAUUAUCCCAGCAAUACUCAGUAGCUUCAAAGCACCGCAGGGCAAAUGCCAUAGACCUCACUCACAGUGAUAUGGCUCUUGCCGAUUGGCUGCAACAUUGCCCACCCGAGGUUCAAUGGGAUAGAACCCGCCAUCACUUCUGGGCGGCUCUGCUGCACGCCAACUACUAUACCACUUUGUGCCUCCUUCAUCGAGCACACAUGCCACCGGCAGGUUCGCCCAAAGCCACCAAUCUAGACGCUUUUGGGGGAGAAGAACACGCAUAUCCGUCGCGAAACAUCGCAUACCAGGCCGCCGCCAUGAUCACAUCCAUCAUCGAGAAUCUACGAGCUCAUGACGAAAUUCGAUACACGCCCGCGUUUAUUGUAUAUAGUCUAUUCUCUGCCCUCAUCAUGCACGUCUAUCAGAUGAAGUCUUCGAACAAGUCGAUUGUUUCAGCAACGGAGCAGCGACUGCAGAUAUGCUUGGACGCGCUGAAGGAGGUUUCCAAGGUGUGGCUCGUUGCGAAGAUGGUACAUACGCUCUUCGAAUCCAUCCUCGGCAAUAAACAUCUCGAGGAACGCCUUCAGAAAGCUGCCGGCAGGAACCACAAGAAAAACAAACACACUGCUGCUCCGCCGCCGCCUGCGCCCAAGCCCGCACAAGAAGCUCCCAAACGGAAAUUCGACGACAUGGAUCUGGGCUUCCCUGCCACCAACGGCCACCCGGCGCAUCAAGUCUCGUACGAGCGAUCUAGACCACAAACCCCCGCAGUCACACCAUCUCGCGAAUUGCCGCCUCCACAGCAGCAGAUACCUCACAUGACAACUGGAUCACCGCAGAUGAGCCGCCAGAACCACGAUGCUUUUAUGGGACCUUCACGGUCUGGUACUCGCCCAACCACACCUUUUAAUCCUUCGUAUUCCUACCCUGGAACACCUCCUGAUUUGUUCCUCGUCACCCGUGAUACACCCAAUAUCAGUCAAGAAGUAUGGCAAAACUUCCAACCAGACCAGUUAUUCCCUGCAGAUACACACAUCAACUUUCCUCAGGUAUCUCCACAACAGCAUAACCUUGUAGAUCCUGCCUUGAGUCAACCACAGAGUGUACCGGUACACCAACAGGCUUCUGGCGACAUGCAACCUCAGCAGCAAAUGCCCGGAAGCCAACAACCGAUGCAGAACCAGCAACCGGGGAUGGGCAUGCCUGGGUUCGAACAUAACAAUCCGCAGGCCUGGCAACAGCAGAUGGAGAUGAUGGCGCACAACCAACAACAGCAUAGUGCUCAAGACGAUACGUGGAGUAACAGUUCGAAAGGACAGCGUAACCCGAUUGUACCUAUGAGUUUGAACGUGGAUGACUGGCAAGUUGAUACGCUGAGACCUUCAGUGUUCAAUUUCUUCGGUAUCAAUGGCGAAGCCGACAUGUCGCAUCUCUUUCACCAAGGGCCUUCGUAAUGUUCUCAGGUGUUGUAUUGUCAAAGUCCAUCCUUACAUAGGUCUUGUUGCAUCACUCGAUUCCCAAAAAAUAAUUGUAAUCAUUUAGCGCGGUUUGGUAGGACGGUUGCAUGGCAUGAAAAUUCUUAUUGCCCUUGGUGUUGGAUUCUUGUGGAAUACGCGUUUGGAUCGCGACGUUAGAAAGGUGUUACGAUGUCAAUUGGCUGGUUUCCAAAAACGUCUUCGACUGUCUGUUGUUUUAGUUCAGCGAAAAAAGCAUUUCUUGACUUUUACUCUUUUCAGUCCGUCAUCAUGUUCUGUGUAUUAUAACCAAUGAUCGACGUUUAGCC